ACGUAUCUCCGUUCAGUUUGUCGCAGGCAUUUGUGGAAUUUGACUUGAUGCAUUCCAAAUCUUGCAACGUGCAUGAGGCACACCAGAAAGUAAUAAUAUUGCAAUUGGAUGAAUGGAACAGGAGGAAGGAUGCCAUGAAUCUUUGAGUGUCAUGUCAGUAUUUUGUAUUGGUUAUUUAAAAAGUGUCCUGUUUCGAAGCUGUAAAUAACUGCAGAAACCUGUGGCUGCUUCUUCCCUGCAUACGGUGUUGUAAGUAGGAGCUUCCUCGCCACCUGUCAAGAUGGUGGCCCUGUCCCUGAAGGUCUGUGUCCGGCAGUGCAAUGUGGUGAAGACCAUGCAGUUUGAACCCUCCACUGCAGUGUAUGAUGCCUGCCGGAUAAUAAGAGAGCGUGUGCCUGAGGCUCAGACUGGACAAGCAUCCGAUUAUGGGCUGUUCCUGGCAGAUGAGGAUCCUCGAAAAGGGAUCUGGCUGGACUCUGGGAGGACCCUGGAUUAUUACAUGCUACGAAAUGGGGAUAUUCUGGAGUACAAGAAGAAACAGAGGCCUCAGAAGAUCAGGAUGCUGGACGGUGCAGUUAAAACCGUCAUGGUGGACGACUCAAAAACUGUCGGGGAAUUGCUUGUUACUAUUUGCAGUAGAAUAGGAAUCACAAACUACGAAGAGUACUCUUUAAUCCAGGAGUUUGCAGAAGAGAAAAAGGAGGAAAGCACAGGCACACUUAAGAAGGACAGAACCCUCUUACGAGAUGAAAGAAAGAUGGAAAAAUUGAAAGCCAAGCUUCACACAGACGAUGACUUGAACUGGUUGGAUCACAGCCGGACCUUCCGAGAACAAGGCGUGGAUGAGAAUGAGACGUUGUUGCUGAGGCGGAAGUUCUUCUACUCGGAUCAGAACGUCGAUUCAAGAGACCCUGUCCAGCUCAACCUGCUUUAUGUGCAGGCCCGAGAUGAUAUUCUGAACGGCUCUCAUCCUGUAUCUUUUGAUAAAGCUUGUGAGUUUGGAGGUAUCCAAGCCCAGAUACAGUUCGGACCCCAUGUUGAGCACAAACAUAAGCCAGGAUUUCUAGAUGUAAAGGAGUUCCUGCCUAAAGAAUAUAUAAAGCAGAGAGGAGCCGAAAAGAAAAUCUUUCAGGACCACAAAAACUGUGGAGAAAUGACAGAAAUAGAAGCAAAAGUCAAGUAUGUCAAGUUAGCCCGGUCUCUCAGAACAUAUGGUGUAUCAUUCUUUCUAGUAAAGGAAAAAAUGAAAAGCAAGAAUAAGCUAGUCCCCCGCUUGCUGGGUAUUACCAAAGACUCUGUGAUGCGUGUAGAAGAGAGGACCAAAGAUGUGGUACAGGAGUGGCCAUUGACCACAGUAAAGAGAUGGGCAGCUUCUCCCAAGAGCUUCACUCUGGAUUUUGGGGAAUACCAGGAGAGUUACUACUCAGUGCAGACCACGGAAGGUGAACAGAUCUCCCAACUCAUUGCUGGAUACAUUGACAUCAUCCUGAAGAAGAAACAAAGUAAGGACAGGUUUGGGUUGGAAGGUGAUGAGGAAUCCACUAUGCUGGAGGAGUCUGUGUCCCCUAAGAAGUCAACGAUUUUGCAGCAGCAGUUUAAUCGGGUUGGCCGCGUGGAACACGGGUGCGUGGCGUUGCCGGCGGUGAUGCGCUCAGGCUCAGGUGGACCGGAGACCUUUAACAUGGGCAGCAUGCCAUCUGCACAGCAGCAUGUUAUGACAGGGCAGAUGCACAGAGGUCACAUGCCACCACUGAGCUCUGCACAGCAAGCUCUAAUGGGGACCAUUAACACCAGUAUGCAGGCAGUUCAACAGGCCCAGACUGACCUUGGGGAAGUCGGGGAUCUGCCACCACUGGGACAGGACAUGGCAUCAAGAGUUUGGGUUCAGAACAAAGUGGAUGAGUCGAAACAUGAAAUUCACUCCCAGGUCGACGCUAUCACGGCUGGCACUGCUUCAGUUGUGAACCUUACAGCUGGAGACCCAGCAGACACGGAUUACACUGCUGUGGGCUGUGCCAUCACCACCAUCUCUUCCAACCUGACGGAGAUGUCCAAGGGGGUGAAGCUGCUGGCCGCCUUUAUGGAUGACGAUGUGGGCAGCGGGCAGGACCUGAUGAAAGCUGCCCGCACUCUGGCUGGCGCAGUGUCGGACCUGCUCAAAGCGGUUGAGCCGGCUUCAGGAGAGCCCAGGCAGACUGUACUGACAGCAGCUGGAAGUAUUGGACAGGCCAGUGGAGAUCUGCUGAGACACAUUGGAGAGAGCGAGGCCGAUGAAAGAUUCCAGGAUGUGUUAAUGAAUUUGGCCAAAGCUGUAGCCAAUGCGGCUGCCAUGAUGGUCCUGAAAGCCAAAAACGUAGCCCAGGUGGCGGAGGACACUGUCCUUCAGAACCGAGUAAUCGCUGCUGCCACACAGUGUGCCCUCUCCACAUCCCAGCUCGUCGCCUGCGCAAAGGUGGUGAGCCCCACCAUCAGUUCUCCGGUGUGCCAGGAACAGCUCAUCGAGGCUGGGAAGCUGGUGGACCGGUCUGUCGAGGGCUGUGUCAAGGCCUGUCUUUCCGCCACGGAUGACAAUGAGCUCUUGAAGCAGGUGAACGCUGCAGCCAUCGUGGUCAGCCAGGCCCUCAACGACCUGCUCCAGCACGUCCGUCACUAUGCCAGCCGAGGGGAGCCCAUCGGGCGCUACGACCAGGCCACCGACACCAUCAUGACAGUCACCGAGAGCAUCUUCAGUUCCAUGGGAGACGCGGGUGAAAUGGUACGGCAAGCAAGAGUCCUGGCUCAGGCGACCUCUGAUCUCGUUAACGCUAUGAGAUCUGACGCUGAGGCCGAAAUCGAUGUAGACAACUCUAAGAAGCUGCUGGCAGCCGCUAAACUGUUGGCCGAUGCUACAGCCCGCAUGGUAGAAGCUGCAAAGGGGGCUGCAGCUAACCCAGAAAACGAAGACCAGCAGCAGAGACUGAGAGAGGCAGCAGAGGGACUGAGGGUUGCCACCAACGCAGCUGCUCAGAAUGCCAUCAAGAAAAAGCUGAUCAAUAGACUGGAGAAUGCAGCUAAACAGGCUGCAGCUGCUGCUACCCAGACCAUCGCCGCAUCUCAGAAUGCAGCAGCAUCCAACAAGAACACUGCGGCUCACCAGCAGCUUGUACAGAGUUGCAAGGCUGUUGCUGACUAUAUUCCCCAGCUGGUGCAGGGUGUGAGAGGAAGCCAGGCCCAGCCAGAGGAUCUCAGUGCCCAGCUCGCUCUUAUUAUUGCCAGCCAAAACUUUCUCCAGCCGGGAAGUAAAAUGGUGACCUCUGCAAAGUCAGCUGUCCCAACGGUUACUGACCAGGCGGCUGCCAUGCAACUCGGGCAGUGUGCCAAGAACCUGGCCACUAGCCUGGCAGAACUGAGGAGCGCAGCACAGCAGGCGCAUGAAGCCUGUGGUCCUAUGGAGAUUGACUCGGCCCUCACUGCAGUGCAGACUUUAAAAAAUGAACUUCAAGAUGCCAAGAUGGCUGCAGCUGAAGGACAACUCAAGCCAUUACCAGGGGAGUCUCUCGAGAAGUGUGCGCAGGACUUGGGAAGCACUUCCAAGGCAGUGGGGUCUUCAAUGGCUCAGCUGCUGACCUGUGCAGCUCAGGGCAACGAGCAUUAUACAGGCGUUGCAGCCAGAGAGACUGCCCAAGCUCUGAAGACACUAGCCCAGGCAGCCCGAGGGGUAGCCGCCUCCACCGCUGACCCGCCGUCUGCUGGUGCCAUGCUGGAUUCGGCCCGCGAUGUGAUGGAGGGGUCGGCCAUGCUGAUCUACGAGGCCAAGCAGGCACUGGUCUGCCCCGGUGAUGCUGAGAGCCAGCAGAGGCUAGCACAGGUGGCAAAGGCAGUAUCCCACUCCCUGAAUAACUGUGUAAACUGCCUGCCUGGACAAAAGGAUGUGGACAUGGCCUUGAAGAGUAUUGGGGAAGCCAGCAAGAAACUCCUCGUUGAUUCUCUUCCUCCAAGCAGCAAGUCUUUCCAGGAGGCCCAGAGCGAGCUGAACCAAGCUGCAGCUGACCUAAACCAGUCCGCUGGGGAGGUGGUCCACUCAUCCAGGGGCACGAGUAGUCAGCUGGCUGUUGCGUCCGGAAAGUUCAGUGAAGACUUUGACGAGUUCCUUGAUGCUGGUAUUGAAAUGGCUGGCCAGACACAGUCCAAGGAAGACCAAAUCCAGGUCAUUGGAAACCUCAAGAACAUUUCUAUGUCCUCCAGCAAGUUGCUCUUGGCUGCCAAGUCUCUCUCGGUUGAUCCUGGAGCACCAAACACCAAGAAUCUCUUAGCGGCAGCUGCAAGAGCUGUGACGGAGAGCAUCAACCAGCUGAUCACACUGUGUACCCAGCAGGCACCGGGGCAGAAGGAGUGUGACAAUGCAUUGCGAGAGCUGGAGACUGUGAAAGGAAUGCUGGAUAACCCCAAUGAGCCAGUCAGUGAUCUCUCCUACUUUGACUGCAUUGAAAGUGUGAUGGAGAAUUCCAAGGUCCUGGGAGAGUCGAUGGCAGGGAUUUCUCACAAUUGCAAGACUGGCGACUUACCAGCUUUUGGUGAUUGUGUGAGCGUUGCUUCCAAGGCUUUGUGUGGGCUGACAGAAGCUGCAGGCCAGGCUUCCUAUCUGGUUGGUGUGUCUGACCCAAACAGCCAGGCAGGUCAACAGGGGCUAGUGGAUCCCAUCCAGUUUGCCAGAGCCAAUCAAGCAAUCCAGAUGGCCUGUCAGAACCUUGUGGACCCUGCAAGCAGCCCAUCUCAGGUGUUGUCAGCUGCCACUAUUGUAGCCAAACACACCUCCGCGUUGUGCAAUGCCUGCCGCAUCGCCUCCUCCAAAACAGGAAACCCUGUUGCUAAGAGACACUUUGUGCAGUCGGCUAAAGAGGUGGCAAACAGCACUGCCAACCUGGUUAAGACAAUUAAGGCAUUGGAUGGAGAUUUUUCCGAAGAGAAUCGUGACAAGUGCAGAGUUGCCACCUCACCCCUUAUAGAAGCAGUGGAGAAUCUCGCAGCGUUCGCCUCCAAUCCAGAAUUUGUCAGCAUUCCUGCUCAGAUCAGCAGAGAGGGGUGUGCAGCCCAGGAACCAAUCCUGUACUCUGCUAGAUCCAUGCUGGACAGUUCAUCUCUCCUCCUUAAAACAGCUCGCUCAUUGGUUAUCAAUCCCAAGGAUCCUCCUACCUGGUCUAUAUUGGCUGGCCAUUCACGCACAGUGUCAGACUCUAUCAAGAGCCUUAUCACAUCAAUCAGGGACAAGGCUCCUGGUCAGAGGGAGUGUGACUAUUCCAUCGACAACAUUAACAGAUGUAUCCGGGGUAUUGAACAGGCUUCUCUUGCAGCUGUUAGCCAAAACCUGCCUUCGAGGGAUGACAUUUCACUUGAGGCUUUGCAGGAGCAGUUGACCUCUGUGGUACAAGAGAUUGGCCAUGUCAUUGAUCCCAUUUCAUAUGCGGCCAGAGGAGAGGCAGCCCAGCUGGGACACAAGGUUACGCAGCUGGCUAGCUACUUUGAGCCUCUCAUUCUUGCCUCUGUUGGAGUUGCGUCUAAACUUCUGGAUCACCAGCAACAGAUGACCGUGUUGGACCAGACCAAGACAUUGGCAGAGUCUGCCCUUCAGAUGCUCUAUGCAGCCAAAGAAGGAGGUGGUAACCCUAAGGCCGCCCACACUCAUGAUGCUAUUGCAGAAGCUGCCCAGCUGAUGAAGGAGGCAGUGGAUGACAUCAUGGUCACAAUGAACGAAGCGGCCAGUGAAGUGGGCAUGGUCGGGGGCAUGGUGGACUCCAUUGCUGAGGCCAUGGGCAGAUUGGAUGAAGGCACUCCUCCGGAACCAGAAGGUUCAUUUGUAGAUUAUCAGACAACAAUGGUCAAAUAUUCCAAGGCCAUUGCAGUUACCGCCCAGGAAAUGAUGACAAAAUCUGUGGCCAGUCCGGAGGAGUUGGGAGGCCUAGCUUCUCAGGUCACCACAGACUAUGGUCAUCUGGCUCACCAGGGCCGACUGGCAGCAGCUACAGCAGAACCUGAGGAGAUUGGAUUCCAGAUAAAAACCCGAGUCCAGGAGCUGGGUCAUGGCUGUAUCUUCCUGGUUCAGAAAGCUGGAGCCCUGCAGGUCACCCCCACAGACAGCUUCACCAAGAGAGAGCUGAUCGAGUGUGCCCGAGCAGUAACUGAAAAGGUUUCUAUGGUUCUGUCUGCGCUUCAGGCUGGAAAUAAAGGAACUCAGGCCUGCAUCACUGCAGCCUCCGCUGUGUCCGGCAUCAUCGCGGAUCUCGACACCACCAUCAUGUUUGCUUCGUCAGGCACCCUCAAUGCAGAGAACGAGGAGUCGUUUGCCGAUCACAGGGAGAAUAUAUUGAAGACUGCUAAGGCCUUAGUUGAGGACACAAAGAUGCUGGUAUCAGGUGCUGCUUCCAGCCAGGACAAACUGGCCCAGGCUGCCCAGUCUUCUGCUAAUACCAUCACACAGCUGACUGACGUGGUGAAGCUGGGAGCCACCAGCAUUGGAUCAGAUGACCCGGAAACUCAGGUCGUGCUGAUCAAUGCCGUGAAAGAUGUUGCCAAGGCUCUAGCUGAAUUGAUCGGGGCCACGAAGUGUGCUUCAGGCAAGCCAGCUGACGACCCCUCCAUGUACCAGCUCAAGAGCGCUGCCAAGGUCAUGGUAACCAAUGUCACGUCGCUUUUGAAGACUGUGAAAGCUGUGGAGGAUGAAGCCACUCGAGGGACCAGAGCACUUGAAGCCACAAUCGAGUGCAUCAAACAGGAGCUGACGGUAUUCCAGUCAAAGCAGGUGCCGGACAGGGUGUCUACACCCGAAGAGUUCAUCCGGAUGACUAAAGGCAUCACCACGGCAACUGCCAAAGCUGUGGCAGCUGGCAACUCUGCGAGACAGGAGGACGUGAUCGCAACAGCCAACCUCAGCCGUAAAGCCAUUACUGACAUGCUGAUGACCUGCAAGCAAGCUGCCUAUCACCAGGAAGUGGGAGAUGAUGUGCGAAUCCGUGCCCUGCGUUUUGGGGCGGAGUGUACCAUUGGCUAUGCUGAGCUGCUGGAGCAUGUUCUGUUGGUUCUUCAGAAACCAACUCCUGAGCUGAAGCAGCAGUUAGCUGUGUUCUCGAAACGGGUGGCGGGGGCUGUCACAGAGCUCAUUCAGUCAGCUGAAGCCAUGAAAGGUAACGAAUGGGUAGAUCCUGAAGAUCCUACAGUCAUUGCAGAGACAGAGCUGCUGGGAGCUGCAGCAUCCAUAGAGGCUGCAGCCAAGAAACUGGAACAGCUAAAACCAAGAGCCAAGCCAAAGCAAGCGGAUGAAAACCUGGACUUUGAGGAGCAGAUCUUGGAGGCGGCCAAAUCCAUCGCCGCGGCAACCAGCGCUCUGGUGAAAUCGGCAUCAGCAGCACAGAGAGAGCUGGUGGCACAGGGAAAGGUUGGAUCUAUCCCUGCCAAUGCUGUAGACGACGGUCAGUGGUCACAAGGUCUUAUAUCGGCUGCUCGUAUGGUGGCAGCUGCUACCAGCAAUCUGUGUGAGGCAGCCAAUGCAUCUGUCCAGGGCCAUGCCAGCGAGGAGAAACUGAUCUCCUCUGCCAAACAGGUGGCUGCGUCGACAGCACAACUACUAGUAGCAUGUAAAGUGAAGGCAGACCAGGACUCUGAGGCAAUGAGAAGACUACAGGCUGCUGGGAAUGCUGUGAAGCGAGCGUCGGAUAACCUGGUCAGAGCAGCUCAGAAGGCGGCAUUCGACAAGAAUGAUGCUGCUGACGUGGUGGUCAAAACGAAAUUUGUUGGUGGAAUAGCGCAGAUCAUUGCCGCGCAGGAGGAGAUGUUAAGGAAAGAGAGGGAGCUGGAGGAGGCGAGGAAGAAACUGGCGCAGAUCCGGCAGCAGCAGUACAAGUUCCUGCCAACAGAACUGAGGGAGGACGAGAACUAAACAAAAGAACUUUGCAAUAUCUUAAUCUUUUCCAUUCAAAGGGACAGUAUACCUGUAACUGGUGCAGUAGCUGACAGUAAUGUGUGUGUGUGUGUGUGUGUUACAUAUGCUUCACUGUACAGUAGAUAAGCAACAUUUCUAGUGCCCAACUGAUAACUCGCUACAAUAUCUGCAAUAAAAAUCUGUUCUGAAAAGCAGAUUAUGAAUAUACAAUUUGUUACAUCUGCAAAGGGAAUUUUUGUAAAUUGCUUUCAAUGCACUUCUAUGAACUGCGUGCAAAUUGAACAUCACAGUUUGUGAUGCUUUUGUGACUGUUUAUAUCUAUGCAUAUGCCAAUACAGACCAACCUUUUGUAAGGCUGUUAUAGACUGGGAAAUAUUUUUCCUUUCCAUGGCAUGCAAUUCUGCAGGACAGGCAUAUAACAGUUAUUUGCAGUUUACAGAGACUAAGGCAAUUCACCUUUUUAUUUAUGUGAUGCAACCCAGGUUGCUAAUGAAUUUACAGUGAGGUACAAUUGCCAUAGAGAACAUUUAAUGGUAUGUGAUGACAAAUGGAUGCUGGUGGGUGAGUGUAACAACUAAUCAUAUUUAUAUAACCAUAAUCAUAAUAAUUGAUUCCUAGGAUACCACUUCAGAAAGCUUAAAAAUGCAUUGGCUUUUUCUCCAUAACUCACCAUCCAUUUAGCAACACAGAUGCAGCUGUCUAAAUGCAAAAACCUAUUUGUGUUUUAUGAGCUUUGUAGAGUUUUAAAAAGUUACAAUGAACUGCAAAGUUGAUGUACUUGGAGAGGUACACAAAAAUGAAUAUUAUAAAGGCAUAUCCCUACAAAUAUUAAUAUAUGCACACCUUUGUAUGUUUACUAACAAAAAUGCUGCUGCACUGUUUUUAAAUCUAAUUAAAAUACAUAAAUAAACCCCCUCCAUCUUCAUUAUAGGGAUAAAAUAACACGUAUAUAAGGCUAAUGUGCACCUCAUUAUUAUAACAAACACACACUGCUUGUCUUGUGGCUUAUAAUACAGGUGGAGUGGAAGGUGUAUAUACUGUCCCUUUUGAAAUGCAUCUACCUACUACAAUACUGUAAUUGAGCCAAACCUGUUCAGAAGUGCCUACCUAUCAAACACAGCUGUGUAAUAGAUCUAAUAUUGCACUGGGAAGUAGACUGUUUGAAGAGGUAGGUUAGAACAAAAUAGAUAGAUAGUUAGUUUUAACUUCCCAAAUCCCCUCCACCCUGCCUUGCAUGGACUUACAUAUACAGUACAUAUCAGGGAAGUUUAUAGAGUAGUUAAUCUAACGAGAUAGCGCACACCAAGUAGGAAGCAAAAAAAUGCAGUUUUUUCCCCUCCCCAAAUAAAGGUUGAAUUAGUUUAUUUUGAAAUAAAGAAGAAACACCUGUGGCUGUUCCCAUGCAAUGACGUAUUGAGAUUAUAGGAAUUACAUUUUUAUUAUAGAUCAGUAAUGUAGAUUACUUUCUAAAGUUCGUGACGUAGUGGAGUAUUUCAGUCAAUAGGCUUUGCCCUCGUUUCUUAUUGCAACAAAAACUGUUCUUCCAUGUGUACGAGUGCAGAGACAAUGCAUUCGGUCUUACCGCUGUGUUGCAAGCUGCAUAGUUUUCGGAAAACUUUUAGGGUCUUUUCAGAAAUAUAACGGAGUGAAAUGUGAACAGAGGAUACUUUGCAUUCGAAUGCGGACAGCAUUAUUUGAGUCCUGCCAAGCUUUGCAUUUUUGGCAUACAUGGGCAUUCAGUUUUAGUCAGAAGGCUAGCAACAAUUUAAAGAAAGAGCUACAGGAUGCAGCCAGCUUUUGUUUCAAGUGGUCACAUGAGUGUCCUAUUCAUGUGUUACAACUGAGAUGAUGGUGUUAUAACAGUGUUAUAACUAGGCAUUGGCUACCCCUGCAUAGUCUUCAAUGCCCUUUGUUUUUAAAUACAGUAUGUGAAUUACAUAAGUUCACUUUUCUUUUCAAAUGUACCUGAAUGUGAAAAUGUAGUUUAAUGUCACUGUAUGUUUUGAAAAUGUGGCCCAUUUCGAAAUGCACUGCUGCAAACAGUAGAAAUAUCCUUAAAUGUGUAUUUUCCUACAGUAUGCAUCUUUCAGCGUCUUAGACAGUUUACAGUAUUCCCAAAUGGUUCAGCUGACCACUUUUACAAUGAGCCAUAUUCUCAAAACAGAACUAUGUAUUUGUAUGGGUAUAUAUGGUUAGUUUGCCUAGGGUGGCAGAAAGCCUACUUCUGUCACUGUGUACGUGGCUUUAGAAGUUGUGUUUAUUAUUACUCGUGCUACUGUUGCAAAACAACAAGAAAUUUAGACAGUGCAGUGUCUUUAACGGGAUAACUUUGUUGUUGAGUCACAAGGUGCUGCUUGGCUUAUUAACACUGGGUCUUUUUUUGCUGUUUUCAUAUGGUCUGUGUAGCUUUUUAGUGCCUUAGUCUAAUCGCACUUAAAUAGCCUCUAUCUGCUAUAAAGAAGGCGGCCUCCACGCACAGCCCUACUCACUCAGACCUCUGAUUCUGUUCAGCAGUUCUGCAAUGACCCACACAGGCUGUACUGUUCUUGUCUCGCCUCCUUGCAUGAGCCUCCUAGUAAUCUGCCUUGUUUCUUUGCUUACCUCGCAAGUUAACCGGGUGUCUUUCGUUAGAAAAUAAAAUGUGCUGGUGUAAACUUUUCUGUGUACAGCAUUCCAUUAGCAUGUGCCAAGAUGCAUUAUACCUUAAGUAAGGCAGGCAGCCUCGGUCAAACUGUACUGUCCGCUUAAUUCUUGUAUGUUACUAGUUUUUGCCUAUUUUAGGCAACUGCCUCUAUUUUAUUUUUUCUUCUUAAGCCACUAUGAAUAGAGCUGAAAAACAAUUAAAUGUGAUGACGUUAUUAAAAUAUGUAAAUCUGUUUGGUAUGAUGUAUUUUAAAACAAACAAAAAAAAUCAUCAUAAGUUUUAAUUUUCAUGUGUCUUUUUUUUUAAUAGACAAAAUGAAAAAUAUUAACCAGAACUACAAAUAGACUAUAAACAUGUUGUAAUGCUGUAUGUAUACUAUUUAUCUUGCCACAAAAAAUAUUUUUUUGUAUUCACCAAAAUAAAGAGGUUUCAAAGAAAA